AUGGAGACUGAGCCCUACAAACAGACAGCAAAGCCAGGCAUAGAGUCGUAUUAUUUGGGAAUUUACAUCUCGUCAUUCAAUACUACACUCUAUUGGAUGAAAAGAAACGCCUUUUAUAUGACACUAAAGAUAUUGGAUUUAGCUUUGGAUAAAUAUAAUGCAUCACAAUUUGGUGAACUACUGGUGAAACUACUGGUGCCCAUUACACCCAAAUAGAGCCUAUUAUUGUCCAUUUAUUAGCGCACCAAACAAUUUGCUCGUUGUAUACAACCAAAUGGGAAAAACGCUUAAAUCUAAUUU